UAACUUUUAACUUAGUUUUUAUUAAUAAAAAAGAAAAUAUUACACAUAUCGUCAAACGUGGCACUACCAUACUAAAAUCACUUACAUAUCUCCUAUUAUUACAACAGGUUUCUAAUGAAGUUUUUUUUACUUAUAUACACAUAUAUGUAUACCUUAGUAUAAGUAAUUAUGUAUAUGUACCUUAGUUCUGGAUGCCUUUACUUGCAACAUUAAUUAUUCUUUACACGUCCACGUCUCAGUAAUCAAAAUGGCAUUAAAAUAAAUGUUGUUUAUUAAAAAUAUAUAUAUAUUGCAUAAAAUGUUUGAACCUAGUUUAAAGUGUUCACAAAUAUCCAUUUGAAUUUUACAAUUAAAGGUUUUGAAUAUUAAACGGAAAAGCAAAAAUAAGCUCUUAUUAGCUUUGAGAAACCGGCUCAAAUGUAGAAACUCAACAAUUACUUAAUAGCGCUGCCAAUAUACAAAUAGAAAUCAUUGGUAUGUACUCUACAUUUCUGUUCACAAACUAGUUUAUUUUUUUCUUUUAAGUGUACGUGCGGAUAAAAUUGUUAACACUUAAACUUGGCAGAGUACAACGAUGUUAUCUAUUGUUUGGAUUAUUUUAUUGAGUAGCACUUUGUGUAAAUGCCUCGACAAUGGCCUCGCUAAAACUCCCCCCAUGGGAUGGCUUUCGUGGGAAAGAUUUCGGUGUAAUACUGACUGCAUUAACGAUCCAGACAAUUGCAUAAGUGAACAGCUAUUUCAAACUAUGACUGACAUCGUUGUAGCUGAUGGUUAUGCAUCUGUGGGCUACGAGUAUAUUAACAUUGACGAUUGCUGGUUAGAAAAGCACCGCAGUCAUGAUGGCAAAUUGGUAGCUGACCGAAAACGUUUUCCCAAUGGAAUCAAAGCUUUAUCCGAUUAUAUUCAUUCGAGGGGCCUCAAAUUUGGAAUAUAUGAGGACUACGGAAACUACACUUGUGCGGGAUAUCCUGGCAUUAUAGGCUAUGAAGAGAAGGAUGCACUUCAAUUUGCGGAAUGGAAUGUGGAUUACGUAAAAUUAGAUGGUUGCUAUGCACUACCUUACGACAUGGAUCUGGGUUAUUCGACAUUCGGAAGGCUUUUAAACAGUACAGGAAAAUCAAUGGUAUAUUCAUGUAGUUGGCCUGUGUAUCAGAUUUAUGCUGGAAUACAGCCGAACUAUUCGGCAAUUCAAACGCAUUGUAACCUUUGGAGAAAUUAUGAUGACAUUCAGGACUCCUGGGCGUCCGUUGAAAAUAUUAUUGAUUAUUAUGGUAAUAACCAAGAUUUAAUAGCUCCGAAUGCGGGACCUGGGCAUUGGAACGAUCCAGAUAUGUUGAUUAUUGGAAACUUUGGACUAAGUUAUGAGCAAGCAAAAACUCAAUUCGCAAUUUGGUCUAUUUUGGCUGCUCCACUUUUAAUGUCAGUGGAUUUAAGAACGAUUCGUCCGCAAUUUAAACACAUUUUACAAAAUAGAAAAAUAAUUGCAGUGGAUCAAGAUCCACUUGGAAUACAGGGAAGACGAAUUUAUAAACAUAAAGGAAUAGAGAUUUGGUCAAGACCUAUUGGGCCACUUUACCAAAACUUUUACUCAUACGCCAUUGCUUUUGUAAAUAGAAGAACGGAUGGAACCCCAUCUGAUAUAUCAGUUACUUUAAAAGAGCUGGGACUUAUUAAUUUCUCUGGGUACAGAGUGGAGGAUCUUUACGAGAAUGUUGACUAUGGGGUACUUUAUCCCAACACUAAAAUUAAAGUUAAAGUUAAUCCCUCUGGAGUGGUUAUGCUUAAAGGAGAAGUUCAGUACCCACCUGAUUUGUAAUACAGAUUGUUAUUGAAGUCACCCAUAAUAAACAAUGAUUAUUACUAAUUUGUCAAUAAAUCAAAAUGCACCACUAUCUGGGUAGCAAUUCACUAUUUAAAUCUUAUUUUUAUCUUUAAAAAGUUCUUUAAUAUACAAAAGUCGACAUUACUACGAAUUAAAUGAUGAAAUAAAUGGAAAAGUACAUUAAAGAUCAAUAAAUGCAAAGAAAUGCCAGUUUAAUCUCAA